UUAAACCUAGGGAAUUUUGUUAGGUUAAAUUAGUGUUUACUUCAAAGUUAUAUUAGCGUUUUAGCUUCACCGGUCAACUCGAAGGGUCAACUGUUUUAUAUGUAGGGCAUGUAGUGUAUAAUCUGGAAUAUACAAAUCAGUGGUGAAUACAGGCCCUAAGAGGUCUAUGCUUUGGGUUUCAUGUGACUGAUAUUUUCAUUGUUUGUUAUAUACUGGGAAGAAGGAGGCCUUCAUUCCAGAGCUCUAAAGGGCUUUGGGGCCCCACAUUUUUACAUAGUUCUUUUUGACAACAGAAACUUCAAAAUGUGUACCUAUGAUCUCAAGUACAAUGAUUACUACACAAAUGUCAGUGAUGGUUUGCGAUCAAUGCUUGUAACUGCAGACAUUGCUGAUGUAACCCUGGCUGUUGAAGGAGAGCUUUUCAAGACACAUCAAGUGGUUCUCUCUAUAUUCAGCCCAUAUUUUAGAGAACUAUUUAGUUCAAAUCCAUGCAAACAUCCAAUUUUUUUUAUGAAGGAUGUGAAAUGUCAAGUAAUGAAAGACCUUCUAACUUUUAUGUAUGAAGGCAAAGUACAAAUUGCUGAAGAAGAAUUUUAUGACUUUGUUGAAACUGCCAAGGCAUUGAAAGUGAAGGGUUUGACUAACAUGGCAGAACCCACCACUUUGUCAGAAUUGGCAAGCAAUUCUGCAAGUAAGUCAUUGGGAAAACAAUUAAAUGAACACAUUGGUAAUAAGGAGCAUGUAAAUAUGACGCACAGUUCAGAUAACAGGCCGUCUUUGAAGCGCCCUCAUGAUUUGCCUGCCAGUUCUAUAAAUGAAGAUGAAGCAGUCAGUCCCUAUGUAAAAAAGAACAGGACUAUUACCCAAGCACUGCCGACUUUGUCGGAAGUGAGCGUCCUACCCUUGCCUGUGCCGUCCACUAGUCGAACGGUAGAUUCACCUGAACAUGCGCCUCCCAACAUUACUAUUUCUGAAGAACCUGUAAAUCUGCUUGAGAUUCCAACGAAAGAUCAGCAGAGUAACAUUCGCAAUAAUGACGAGCAAAAUCAGGCUGCAUCCAGUACGAUUGGGGAUAACUCAGAUGAAGUAAGAUAUUGCCAAGACACAAUUGAAUUGGACUCUGAUGAUGAUAAUUGUUAUAUCAAAACGGAGGAUUAUGCUACAAUCAACUUGCAAGAAGAUGACGAUGAUCUGCUCGAUCCUACAGGAGAUAUGCCCCCAGAUCAGAUGAUUGGGCAGGAAGGUGAACCAGUGUCCAUUACGUUGUGCAGGUCGUACAUCACGCAGAAGAUCUGUGCCAUUAUUUGGGACGAUUUUCGGUACAUGCAUAGAAAGACUUAUAAAAGCUGGAGCAGCUGGCUAUGCGGCAAUGCAACGAGCAGGAAAUGCAAAGCACGCCUUAUUCUUACUUUUGAUCGGCGAAUGGUAGUCAUUGACAGCCAUACCCACGAUAAGGGCAGGAUCAAACGGAUUGAUUGUACAAACGUUCAGCGCACUUACUACACCAUGUCCUAUGCGAGUUGGAAAAUCUCAAAGGGUCAUUAUCCCAGCAAUCGGACGAAGCCAUUACCAUUAACUCAUUAAAUAUGAUUUAAGAAAUGUUGUUUGUGUUUGUUCAUUAAUACCGUCUCUAAGAAAAUAUUUGUAGCUUGAAUAUAAUAUAAUCAAUAUUAUUUUGACAUGAACUGCUCAGAAUUUCAACAACCACACUUGUUACAUUUCAUAAUUCGUCAAAACUUUAUUAAUUAGAAAUGUGUAUUAUAUUUUAUUGUACGAGAAUAAACGAUAUUAUGCGAAUUAUAAAUACUAAGAAUACAAGAACUUAACUAAGUAUGUAAUUCAUACAAUAACAAUCGUUUCAAACUUUA